UUUCAGUCAUUUUCUGAGCAGCUAUCUAAGGUCAGCAUCGAUGUUGUUCAUCGUAUAGGAAAUCGUGAGGAACUACCAGAGGAUUCAGACACAUUUUUUUAUGAAACCCUUGUGAAAUGGGCUGAUUUGAACUGCACGGAACAUUUUGUGACACUCUGGCAUGAGUUGAAAUCAAAGGUGCAGAGUUUUGCUCUGCUGGUUCAUCACAAGGAAGAGGUUGUGGCUGCUCUCAAGCGCCACCUACUGGUUCCAGACACGAUGGCACUUGAUGCACUCACCGAGUUGGUGGUCGCAUUGGCAAGAGAUAUGCAAGCAGACUUCUAUGUAUAUUUUCGAGAUUUCUUUGACAUCAUUGUUUCCCUGCUGAGCACGGGAUUACCAGACAGACUCGAACAGUGCUUCACCUGCCUUGCAUACCUGUUCAAAUUCUUGUGGCGAUACCUAUCUAAUGACAUUGAGGACAUUUUUAGGAUAUACUCGCCUCUGCUGAGUGGAAAACAGAAGCCCCACAUUAGAAGAUUUGCAGCUGAAAGCUUUGCAUUUCUCAUGCGCAAAGUAAAGAAUCCUGGUCAUCUCUUUGACACUGUCUUCAACAUCUUAGCACUUCAUCCAGAGUACGUGCCGGGCAUUGGACAUUUGCUUUUUGAAGUGAUCAAGGGCAUUAAGGAUCAGUUUCACAGCUGUACUAGCGCGGUUUUGCCACUGCUGCUGGCUAAGCUUGGACCGUGCUCCACACACGCACCAACAACAAGUUCAGUUGGCACAGAUGAGCCAUCGUACAACAUUAUUCUUGAUGCACAGCUAGAAAUGAUGGGACUGAUCACAAACCAUGCGACGAAAGAAUUCAUAGGUGUCAUUUGGGAGGUGCUAUUUGCUUCGGUUGUGGGCUUGCGCGAGAGCAUACGAGUUCAGAAGCCGGUGCCACUGGAUACUGGUGACGUACGCAGACAGCAGCUGUUAGAGCAGCACUUGGAGAGAGUGCUCACAAUGAUGCUUAGUAUCGUGGAGUACAAGCGGGGCAUACUGGUGGUUCCUACGGAGAGAUUAUGCAGCGAAUUGUGCCUGCUGCUAGAGCCUGAUGAGCCGGCCACAUGUGGCAGCACCGUGCUGCACAUUGCAAGCAGGCUGCUGCUGGCUGACAGGUGUGCACAGCUUACACCACAACAGGUGAGCAGGAUCUGCAAGGCCGUCUACAGGUGUGCGCACACGCGGGAACAGGUCCUGGACUUCUCACGAGACAUGUUCCCUUACAAGAUGUUCGAGAAGGAUGUUCUACCUCAACUGGUAGACUACUGCCAGAUUCAGCUGCAGCAGGAAUCUGGGGCCAUUGGUAGUGUACUUCAGCUAAUGGUUGAACUGGUAUUAUUCAAACGACCAUUACUAGAAGAUGCCUCCAAGCUUGCAGAUUACAAGAUAUACCCAUUACCGUUCCCCAACCAAAAAAGUGCCAAGGAUAAUUUUGGAGUGCAGCUCCUAUCAGCUCUAGAGAAGGUGUGUGAGAGUGAUGAUUACACACCUAGUGAUUUCUCACAUGCGUGGGCUGCACUAGUACUACUGCCGCACAUGAGGUAUAUGGACAGCGAACGAGUCGUGGCAGAGGUGCGACGUUUCAUCGCCGCGCUGCUCACGCGCGACCUGAUCGAUCGUGAGGUCGCUGUGCUCGCCCAGGCCUACGUGGUGCUGUCACAGCUGCUGGAACAUCGCGAUGCGGCCAGCGCCAUCACGCUUGACACAGUCCUAUCUCUACUCAAGAAGGACGCUGAGAACCUGGCUGCGCUGCGUGUGGCGGACUUGUUCUUCACGCUGGCGGACGCGUGCGGAGAGGAGGCCUUCCUCGGAGAGGACACCGCCGACAAGCUGUUUCCUCUACUCGUCAACAAUCUGUCGUCUCCCUAUCACCAGGUGUGA